AAUAUUCUUCAAAAGAUAUAGAAGAAAAAUUUAAAUUGCUUGUUGAAAGUCAUUUUCUGAUUCGUUGUCCCUAUCCUCACUCUUCUGAGAAUAAAUCAGUGCCAAAUCUCACAAUAGCUGAACAUGAAUUGUAUAUCAUUCCUCAGAUUAAAUUACAUCUGUUAGAAACUGACAACACUGGAGAAUCAGAGCCAAAAAAACAAAAAAUUGAAUUUCCUGAUAGUGGAAUUUACUGGCGCAUCAAUUAUGUUCGAUUUAAUCAGUAUUUUAGGGAUGAAGCUAUAAUAACUGCAUGCAGCAAUUAUUUUGGUGAAAAAGAAGCAGAAAUUGUGAAGACUAUACUGAUGUUAGCCGACACAAAAGCAAAUGCUCUGACACUGACUACAAAUGCUAUACCAUAUUAUGAGAUAUUGCAAAGACUGACGAAAACAAUUAAUAUGAAGUCACAGGAAUUAGAUUCUUAUCUUUCUACUCUAUGUGAUGGUGCUGAAAGUUUUGUAUCUAAAGCUGAUGAUCGAAGUGGGGGCAUGUAUGUUGUAAAUAUUGGGAAGAUUUUAUCACGUUUGGUUCAGUCAAUUGCUAUUAGUGUUAUUCAGGAUAGAUUUGGAUCAAAAUGCGCAAGAGUUUUUAGGAUUAUACUGGCUAAGAAAGCCCUUGAGCCAAAGCAGAUAGAAGAGCUAGCUAUGUUGUUACCUAGAGAUACAAAAGAAUUUAUCUAUAAAUUAUUUGAAGAAAGCUUUAUUUUGGCCCAUGAUGUUGCAAAAGGUCCAGACUUUUCACAUGGACAAGCCAUUUACCUUCUUCGAGUUGAUAUGAAUCAG